UGUCCUCUAAUGACAGUUAUACACAAUUUUUUAUUAAAUUUCUCAAAUUCACUGAAUUCAAUUAACAUUAAAAAAAAAGACAUAAAUUUUCUCAUAUCCCCAGGAAAGACAAUCACACAAUUUUUGUGAAGAAAAGCUUGUGGGUUCUCAACGAAAGGUGCAGGUGGAGAGUGACAGAGUUUCCGAGGUAAAAAUUCAAGCUUUUUUCUUCUACUUACUGGAUCGGAUUCCAAUAAUUGAAUGCUAGGUUCAAAAGGGGUUAUGUUGAUCUGCACCAAGAUGCUAAAUUUGCGUUGAAAAAACCAUUUCGUAUUCUAGACUAAGCUUUGGAGAUGAACCAGUUAGUUGAAAGCUCUGCAAAUGCUCAAAGGGUCUCUAGAGUUCAAGCUCCACUGGUUGACUCUGUUUCUUGCUAUUGUAAAGUAGAUUCAGGCCUGAAAACCGUUGCUGGGGCAAGGAAAUUUGUUCCAGGAUCAAAGCUAUGUAUCCAACCUGACAUAAACCCGAAUGCACAUAAGAGCAAAAACUCACGUAGAGAGAAGACAAGAUUUCAGCCUCCUCUCCUACCUGGUCUUCCUGAUGAUCUUGCAAUUGCUUGUUUGAUUCGUGUGCCUCGAGUUGAGCACAGGAAACUGCGUUUGGUUUGCAAGAGAUGGUAUCGCCUUCUGGCUGGAAACUUCUUUUAUUCACUCAGGAAAAGUCUGGGGAUGGCAGAAGAAUGGGUAUAUGUCAUCAAAAGAGAUCGUGAUGGAAGAAUUUCAUUGCAUGCUUUCGAUCCAAUCUACCAACUAUGGCAAUCCCUUCCACCUGUUCCUGGGGAAUAUUCUGAAGCAUUGGGAUUUGGCUGUGCAGUUCUUAGUGGUUGCCACCUAUACUUAUUUGGUGGAAGAGAUCCACUGAAGGGAUCUAUGAGACGUGUCAUUUUCUACAGUGCACGUACAAAUAAAUGGCAUAGAGCACCGGAUAUGCUUCGGAAACGUCAUCUGUUUGGUUCUUGUGUAAUAAAUAAUUGUCUCUAUGUUGCUGGUGGGGAAUGUGAAGGUAUUCAAAGAACACUUCGAUCUGCUGAAGUUUACGACCCGAACCGGAACAGGUGGAACUUUAUCUCUGAGAUGACCACAGCCAUGGUGCCCUUUAUUGGUGUUGUUCACAAUGGAACAUGGUUUUUGAAGGGACUUGGGUCGAAUCGCAAUGUUAUCUGCGAAGCUUAUUCACAUGAAACUGAUACAUGGACCCCAGUGAGUAAUGGAAUGGUCAAUGGUUGGCGUAAUCCUAGUAUUUCGCUGAAUGGACAACUCUUUGCACUUGAUUGCCAGGAUGGGUGCAAGCUCAAAGUAUAUGAUGGAGCAACAGAUUCAUGGAAGAAGUUUAUUGAUAGCAAGCUUCAUUUAGGUAGCUCCCGCACUUUAGAUGCUGCUGCUCUUGUUCCCCUUAAUGGAAAGCUAUGCAUUAUCCGCAACAAUAUGAGCAUCAGUCUAGUUGAUGUUUCAAGUCCAAACAAACGUGUGGAAAGCAAUCCUCACCUUUGGGAAAAUAUUGCUGGAAAGGGUCAUGCCAGGUCUUUAGUUAGAAAUUUAUGGUCAACUAUCGCCGGGCGUGGUGGUUUGAAGAGUCACAUUGUUCACUGUCAGGUUCUUCAAGCCUGAGAUCCAAAAUUUAUCUGAUAAUCUUGGUUAUAUACAGUUAGGGAAAUUGUUGCCUUUUUUUUUUGGAAAAUCAAUUGGGACAGGUUUAUGGGAAAGAGACUAUGCUUUUCUUGUAAAGAUGUGGUUAGUUGUUGACUUUGGCAAUAGAAUGAGGUCAUUCCUUUACAAUCAUGAAUAGGGAGCAGAUGUUGUAAAUGUUGUGCAAAAGCUGUUCCAGUGCAUGUUUUUGAAGACUAGAGAAGCUGUGAACUUUGAAUUAGUGAAGAGUUUCCCGUGAAUCUCAAAAUUAUAUUAAUCACUGUUGUAUUGUUCUCAAUCUUAAGAAAUGAUUGCACUUUUUAUUGGUUUAAGUAAUA